CAACAGCCAUCUGCUAAUUUGCCAUGCUAUCGCUAAUCGAAAAAAUUUGAUCUUCCUUAGUUUUGCCAAAAAUAGAAAAUAUUGUAGAUUUCAUUAGUUAUUAUAUUUCAUUACAUUUAUUGAAACAAUUUUUAAUCACUUAAGAAAGUUAUUGUAAGUGUGUUAACUAUCAGUUUGUUAAUAAUUUUAUGGAGGACAAACAUUUAGUUUAAACCGAAAACCAAAUAUGGAAUUGUUGCAGGGCGUCGAAAGCGCAGCGUUGUCUGGGAUGGUCACGAUGCCGUCGGUGACGAGCGUAGGCGCGAGCGCAGGCGUGGUCAUGGCCAGCGGCGCAGCGGCGGCGCGGCGCGGCCUGGGCGCGUUCUCCGCCGGACCAGGCCUCGCACCACUCGUGUCGCCUCUUUCUGACUUCUGUACCUCUUUCGCCCCUCAGUGAUCAGUGUUCUGCUUUCUGUUUCAGACUAGAUAUAAGUUAGGUUAUUGGUAAAGGCUUAGGCGAUGGCCGCGACGAUGCUCCUCGGCGCCUUGGCUGCUCCCCGCCGGUUUCACAAUGUUUCCUCGGUGCGCCCGUGUACGACCUCCGGCAGGUGGGCGACGUGUACACAGGUCCGGGCGCCAAGUGCACGACGCUUCCGGCUAUCCUCGGCGGCACGUUGCCGCGCUUAUCAACGGAGCAGGCUGAUGCAGUGGCCCGUGCCAAGAAAUACGCAAUGGAGCAGAGCAUUAAGAUGGUACUCAUGAAGCAGACGCUGGCGCAUCAGCAGCAGCAGAUGGCGACGCAGCGUACGCAGGUGCAACGGCAGCAGGCGCUCGCUCUCAUGUGCAGGGUGUAUGUGGGGUCGAUCUCAUUCGAGCUGAAGGAAGAUACAAUAAGGCAAGCGUUUCUGCCAUUCGGACCUAUUAAAUCUAUUAACAUGUCAUGGGAUCCCGUAACACAGAAACACAAAGGUUUUGCUUUCGUCGAGUAUGAAAUACCAGAAGCUGCACAACUCAGUCUCGAACAGAUGAACGGUGUUAUGCUAGGCGGAAGGAAUAUAAAGGUUGUAGGACGUCCAUCCAAUAUGCCACAAGCGCAGGCGGUAAUUGAUGAAAUUCAAGAAGAAGCGAAACAGUAUAACCGUAUCUAUGUGGCUUCCAUACAUCCAGAGCUCACAGAGGACGACAUAAAAAAUGUUUUCGAGGCGUUUGGUCCGAUCACUUACUGCAAACUAGCAUACGGUGCGUCGGCGCACAAACACAAAGGAUACGGAUUCAUAGAAUACGCCACGCUACCAGCCGCACUCGAGGCCAUCGCUUCAAUGAACCUCUUCGACCUCGGAGGUCAGUACUUGCGCGUGGGGCGAGCCAUCACGCCUCCCAACGCACUAGCGGGCCCCCCGCAGGCGUCCGCAAUGCCCACCGCGGCCGCUGUUGCCGCUGCCGCUGCGACCGCUAAGAUACAGGCCAUGGAUGCGGUGGCCAGUAACGCAGUCGCGCUUGGCCUCACCAAACUGAACGCGCUCGGUGUGUCGCCGGCCGCCGCGUUACCCUCGUUGGCCGCUGCGCUACCAGUCGCGCUUCCCGCAGCACUGCCGGCUGCGCUACCAGCGGCGCUACCGGCAGUGCUGCCAGGCGCUCUGCCAGCGGCGCUGCCCUGUGCCCUGCCAGCAGCGAUCCCGGCAGCGUUGCCGGGUGCGUUACCCACGACUUUGGCGGGAGGCGUAAGUGCAGCACUGCCAGCGCAAGUCAUCCCACCGCCGGGUGUAGUGAUACCGCCACCACCGCGUGCGCGAGGCCCCACAGCGGCGGAAACUGCCGCGGCGGCUGAAGGUGGCGUUCAGCAGGCGGCGCUGCAACGCAAAUUACUGGACAGCUCGCCUGACACGCUGCAGCAGCAAGAGUCUCUGUCCAUCUCCGGUCAAUCCGCGCGACACCUCGUCAUGCAGCGCUUGAUGCGGCGUCGCGCUUCUCGCACGGUGCUUCUGUGCAACAUGGUGUCCGCCGAAGAGGUGGACGAGGCGUUACAUCAUGAGAUUCAGGAGGAGUGCUCGAAGUGGGGUCGGGUGGAUCGACUCGUGAUCUACAACGAGCGGCAGAACGAGGACGAUGACCCCGCACACGCCAACGUCAAAAUCUUCGUACAGUUCGCCGAACCUGAGGAGGCGGGCGCGGCGGCGGGCGCGCUGGACGGGCGCUACUUUGGUGGCCGCACGGUUCGCGCCGCGCUCUAUGACCAGGACCUGUUCGACCACGGAGACCUCUCGGGGUAGACCUCGCCUCACAUCGCUUCACAUAGUCUCGCCUUACGUUCUUAUUUUAAAUAUAACGAUAUGCCCCUG